GUUGAGGGAAUCAUGGACUCUGCCCAGUACCAGAGUAUAUUAGAGGAGGGAUUACUGGGAACUGCUCGGGAUUUUGGGGUGGAUUUAGAUGCAUUUGUUGUCGAGCAAGACAACGAUCUGAAACACAAAUCCCGACAUAUUCAUACCUGGUUCGACAAGGUUGGCCUUUGUACGCUCAUCUGGCCAGCCUUCAGUGCUGAUGUCAACAUCAUCGAGAAUGUCUGGAGCCACCUCAAAGCUCGACUCCGUGAAUGUGGUCGCCCGUGCAACAAGGAAGAGUUAUGGAGGGUUUUGCAGGAGGAGUGGCACCAGAUUGAUAUUGGAUAUAUUCAGAAACUCUAUUCAUCACUUCUGACUCACAUUUAUGCUCUUCUAAAGGCCAAGGGUGGUAACAUUCUGUACUGA